UGUUUCUUUUUUCAUGCGAUGCAGCAGACUGAGCGAGGAGAAGGCGGUGAGAAAAGCUGCCUGCAGAGAGGACACGGGGAGAAUAAUCAUGUCCGCCUCCUGGAAGCAGCUCCUGUUUCAGGUCCUCCUGCUUCUCGCCUCCUGCAGACACAUCGAUACAAAGACGCCACGUCCAACGCCCCCCCCGCCGGUCCCCAUCGGAUCCCUGCCCACAGACGAAAGGAGCGUAGUUUUGAAAGGCAAAAGUCAAACGGAGACGGUUGAAGUGUUGAAUCCUGUGGACCUGGCGCUGACGUGUACCUGGACGGGUGAUCAGAACAAACGACCCAACGUCACUGGGUUCUGGAGCAAAGAUGGGGAGGAGGUGGAGAACAGUCGUGUCACCGUGCAGCUGGAGGCGGAUCAAUAUAAGCUCACGCGGGUGUUCAGCAUCGUCAGUGAAGAGAGCCUCGGAACUUACUCGUGCUUUUUUGGAAGUGAAGCAAAGAUAGAGUUUAUUUUGGCUGCUCCACAGGUCGGCGAGGCGCGGGAUAAACCCAUCGUCAGCUACGUGGGGGACUCUGUGGUGGUCGCGUGUAAGAUGGAGGAAAACAAACCCAAACCCAGCACCUGGAACUGGUACAAAGCCAACGGCACGGACAUGGAGCAGAUCUUGGGUGUCGGGGAGGCUCCUCACUAUGUGAUCAGGAACGAAGAGAGGAAGACCAAACUGGUGGUGCAAAACCUGACGGAGGCCGACGGAGGCCUGUACUACUGCGGCGCGGUGUACACCAUCAGCACCACCAUGGGCCACGUGGAGCUCAGGGUCAUCAGCUUCCAGGAGCCCCUGAAGCCCUUCGUCGCCAUCGUGAUCGAAGUGAUCGUCCUGGUCGCCGCCAUUCUGCUCUACGAGAGAAGUGGGUCCAAGAAAACCUCCGCAGCAGGAAACGCUGACCAACCAAAUGCAACGACUCAGGAGCUGGAUAACAACGGACCAGAGGAGCGUUCCGCAACGAGGCAGCGGAAAAUUUGAAAAUCGCAAAGUCAAAGCUCAAGUUUUGAUGCAUCUCCAUUGUUUUUGUGUAACCAAAUCCCAGCAGCCGUUGUAUUAGUGUGUUCACAAAAAAAACGAGGCGCAAUAGGCACCGCUUAAUAGUCGGCAGCGCUGCCGUGGCAACCCGGAAGCGCAUUAACCUUUUAGUCUCGAAGGCUUCAUUCAGACACAUCCUGUGCAAAACCUGUCACGCGCCACCACUCUCGGAGAGGAAGUGGCUGGCACUUCUAUAGACAGGUCUUUCACAUCAUGUGUGCCAACGCUUAUAGUGUUGAUCCAUCAAGUUCGUUUGUCACCUCGAUCGCGAACCGUAUCUGUAGUAGUCAUCUCUCACCUGCUAAUAAUAAAAAAUCUGAAAUAACUGCCGUUUGGGUUAGUCAACAUAAAGGGGAACCUCCACAGACUUCAUGCCAUAAAGUCCGCUCACAGGCCUCGUUAAGAACUACGGCACGUGAGGAACGGGGCAGAGAGACCAGCAGGAAGAAUGUGCAGAAUAAAAAGAUGCAUCUGAAUCUGC